UCUAUGCAAUCUUACCUUGAACAAGAACGCAAAGCAUAAGAUGCCAGUGAUCUGUCCUGCAGUACUGCCUCAGAGAUUUCCAACGCUGUUUGGCGAUUUCAGGGAUUCAAAUGUUACUUUCGUGAUUGACAUAUCUGACGACAUGUACCCUUAUCUUCAGAGUGUUAAGAAUCACCUAGCUGAAGCUCUCUUGAGUAAAGCCUAUCUUGCAAAUGGAUUUCUGUUUAACAUUAUUGCAUUUUCACAAAAGGUUACAAAGUGGUGCAACUCAAUGGUAUCAUGCUCUCCAAAUGCUGUUGAACACGCAGUACACUGGUUGCACUCUCUUACAUGUAAGCUUGGAAGAGACUUGCUUGGAGCGCUAUAUGCAGCAUUUACUGAUUCAGCAUGCCAUACUGUCUAUCUGGUAACAAAUGGAUUACCAGCCUGCAUUCCAGAGGAAGCUACAAAACAACUGUUAAAUGUGUCAAAUGGGCGUCCAAUUCAUAUUCUGUUUUUGACGGACAAAUGGAUUGAAAAGGAAAUUUGGAUGUCAUUACAAAGUCUCACCCAACUUACCGGAGGCAGCUGCUAUGUAAUUGAGUUAAACUAUUCUGGCGAUAUUAAGCAAAUCAUUCCAGUUACUCACCCAGCAUCUUCUAUUAUGGGGCCAUUCUAUUCAAAUCUUAAGUAUUGCAGUGUGAAUACAGCACUGGAUCCCCAUGUGGCAACAACGGCACCAUGUCAUUUUCAUCAUACAUGUCCCUUAAUGAAAUGUGGUGCUUGGACUACUUCCCUGCAUAUGCCUGCAAGUGUUUGUGAGAAGGCUGUCAUACCAUACUGGUCCAUAGAUUCAAGCCCACUAACUGUUGGUACAAAAGUUUUAGCAAGACAAGAAGCAGAUGGAUAUUAUUAUCUGGGAUCUAUAAAGCAAGAGUUGGAGGGAAUACAAGGAGAAUUUUUGAUUGACUUUGAUAAGCCAUCUAUUAAUUGUGAAAAUCUGCAUGUAUCAGUUCAGAGGACAGCUGUCUAUGACAUCAUUCACCAUCCUGAUGGGAUGAGGCAUUCUAUUGUCCCAGGAGAUAAGGUUCUAGCUCCAUGGGAACCACAGCAAACUAGAUAUGGCCCUGGAAUUGUCACAUCUGGAAUAGAAACACGAGAUCCAUUAAAAGCCUAUGAAGAUAAAGAGAUCAAUGUAACAUUUUGGAAUGGAAAGAAAGCUAAAAUUUCAUAUGGAGUUGCCUGUUGGAUUCCACUAACAAUGUAUAAUAAGGUUGUUAAAGAACUUCAAAUGCCCCUGACAAGCAGAAACACACUGACCAGCAGUCCAUGUCCAAUAAAUAAUAAAAAACAUUACUCAGGUACAAUUAAUUACAUGACUGCAUCAAUACCCAGCCAUAUGUGUUCUUUAAACACAUUUUACCAGUUUCCACAUCCAAGUUACCUAACAUACCCCUCAUGCUGUUGUAAUGACAUCCGUAAUGUACCCAUAUACUCUGGGUGCCUUCUCCCAGAAGUCAGAGAGUGGUGGCCUUUAACAACAAAACCUGUAAUAAGUUAUCCUGAUGCAUAUAAAGGACAUGAUAAGAAUGAAACACCAAAGAUUUUAGAACUGGAAAGCUCACAGAAGGAGAAUGGUUUAACACGACCACUACCACCACCACCAUCAUCAUCAUCAUCAUCAUCAUCUGAAGAUGACUCAGAGAGUGAUGGAGAUACCUACCUCACUAAAAGCACUUUAGUAGAUAGUGGUGUCAAUACAGAUUAUACUCUUUUUGAAAGACCUAAGAAUACUACCACUGACAGACCUAACUGGAAGUACUGGAAGAAAAGCAAUCCAGAGCCUUAUAUAAAGAAGCCAGGAGGUCAUGUCUCAAUUUCUGCGACAAGCAAGAUUGACUCAAAAUCCAUUUCUUUUUCUGAUGCUCCUCCUAAUGCGCCAGCCAACAACAGUGCAAUGUUUGACUCCGUUAUACAUUUUCCAAAAAGGAGCAUAACAAUGAAGGAUGUUUUAACUCACAAGGACUGGGACUUUAAACCAUCACAAGAGUCACAAAGACCUCCUCUACUAGAAAUGCUGGGAAAGAACCAGUUGGAACGAGAUAAAAAGAAUCGUGAAUCUGUUGAGCAAAAAAGAAUGAAAACAAUACUCCACCAGCAGUGGGAAAAAGGACGAGAGAUGAAAGCAGAACAAAAAUAUCAACAAGUCCAUGAGAAACAAAGGAGAAUAACUCAAAACCGCCUUCAGAAUGAGCAUAAGAGGACAGAGAAACAUAUUCUGCAGCAACAACAAGCAGAGAAGGCUAAACAGAUUUGUCAGCAGAAAAAUACUGCAAAAAUCAAGGCUCUGGAAAAUGAGGAGAGAGAAAAACAUGCUCUAAGACUGGUUCACCUGCAGAAGGUCCGAGAACAGCAUGAUCAGCGAGAAAAUGAGAAGCUUAAGUUGUUUGAAGCCAAUGAAAUGCGUCGUCAGGAAGCCAGAAGGAUACGGGUAGACAACCACAAUAAAGAAAUAACAGAACGGUUAUUUCAAGUUGAAAAUGUGGAACGAGAAAGAGAAGCAGUCAGAGCAAAACAAAGAAUGCACAAGCAGUACUGAAUACAGAAAAUUUGUACUUCCUUACCAAUUAAUUUUCUUUUUCCAUCACAUGCUACCUAAUAGUAUAAAGUGUCACUGUGGCUCUAGGAAAUAAUCAGGUAAUAGUUAUCUGAUUCCGCUAUGAUAAUCAUUCCAGAUUCACUUAGGAACGUAUUCAGUAAUAUCUUAUGCUCAUAUGUAAUAAACACAUUAUAAAAUA